UAAUAUUUAUGGGAUACUUUACCAAUAUUAGUCAAAUAUUUUACAAACAUAAACACAAUUUAUUCACUAAACCUGAUAAAUCCAUGGGCAAUUUUUACAUUGGAUUAAAAAAAUGCAUCUGACAAAAACAGACUCAGUGUGCAAAGACCGUAAGUUAAUUGGACCUAGCAGCUAACACGAACUAGAAGCUGACUCUCAGUCAGCUGGAUCCCUACAGAGAUAGAGCUUUGUGCUGCAGAUAAAGAUCCAGAAACAGCCCUGAAAUCACCGUCACCAACCCCACCAGACUCCAUUUAAAUCAACAGUCAUGUUAGUGUGUAUAGAGGCAGCAUGUUGUCACAUCUAACUGGUGAGUUAAGGGUUAAUUUAAACCAAACCAGAGCUGAUGAUUGUUGGAACAGUGGAAAGAUGAACCAAGAUGGUUUUUGUGAGUCUUAUUUUGUUUCUGUCGACUUUAAAUGAAGUGUGUUUGACAAUGAUAUAUUUACUGUUUAUUUAAAUGGAGUCUGGUGGGUUUGGUAACGGUGAUUUCAGGACUGUUUCUGGAUCUGACUCUUUAACAAAUCAAUCAAUCAAUCAAUCAAUUUUAUUUAUAAAGCCCAAUAUCACAAAUCACAGUUUGCCUCACAGGGCUUUACAGCAUACGACAUCCCUCUGUCCUUAUGACCCUCACAGCUGAUCAGGAAAAACUCCCCAAAAAAACCCUUUAACGGGGAAAAAACGGUAGAAACCUCAGGAAGAGCAACUGAGGAGGGAUCCCUCUUCCAGGACGGACAGACGUGCAAUAGAUGUCGUACAGAACAGAUCAGCAUAAUAAAUUAACAGUAAUCCGCAUGACACAAUGAGGGAGAGAGAGAGAGAGAGAGAGAGAGACAGACAGAGAGAGAGAGAGACAGAGAGAGAGACAGAGAGAGAGAGAGACAGACAGACAGUCCUAACAAAGAGCUCUGUCUCUGUAGGGAUCCUUUCAUAAUGUUGUCAGACACUGAGGAAAACACUCUGAGCCUGUCAGUGACAAAAACAAACACUUUUAGUGGACGGACACUGAGGAGAGUGGUGACAUCACUGCUGUCUGUAACGGACCAGUCUCAAAAUCUACUGUUCCCAUUUCAGUCCUGUAGACACAAAAACAUGAACAGAGGCCAGGUUUAAAAAAACACCAGAGUUAGUCUUUAAGGUAAAAAAGAAGAAGAAAAAAAAAGUUGUUGCUUUUCUGAAAAGUCCUCUGGUCUGUACUUUAAACAAAGAUCUGAUGAGCACACUGAGAGGAGGUAAAUAAUAGAUUGACAAAACUGUAAAUAUGGAGACAUUAAACAUUCUGACGUGUGUAUUAAUAAACGUGACUAAAACUAUUAAAACAUGUGACAGACCUUCUGUUUGUCAGGAAGAAUAAAAUGAAGAAGAAAUAAAAACGGGAGAAACGCGCGUGUGUCGGUGUGAGAGUUGCGGGUUUGAUUCCCGCAGGAUCAAAGCCUCCAGAUGUCACGCUAAUGUACAUUUAUGUAUUUAGGUUAUUUCUGUAUUUAGGUUGCUGACAGAGGCUCCGCUGACUGACAGGCCCGCCGUCCAAUGGGAGCGCGGCUCGGCUCUCCUGCGGGGCUGUGAUUGGUCGGCGCGGUGACAGAGGGGCGGGGCUGUGAGAUUACAGCAGCAUCUCUCUCUCUGCAGAUCCAGCGGACAUCUGGAGCUGCCCUGCCCGGGAAUCAAACCUCCGAGCUCCGAGCACCGACAUCCCGCACCGAGCCUGUCCGGGUUUCGCUGACGGUUUCCCGGUGAAAACGUCUCCGGGCUCCGGUGUUGUUGUCGCGGCUCUCCGGGCUGGAUCUCCGCCGGGAGGCUGCAGCGCUCCGGAGGGACGGACGGACCGUUUCUGCCGGUAAAAACACGGAACUACGAAUAAAACCCGGGAGGGGGGGUGAUGGACUGAAGUGAUCCGACAUCUGAGAGGGUUUUAGGCCCGAUGGAAGCUGCGACACAUCCGGACCCGGUGCGUCUGGAUCCCGGUUCCCGCUCCAGUCUGGACUGAGGACUCGUGUUUGUCUCUCAGGAUCUGAAAUAAUUUCUCUUCUUACAGUUUUUCAGUUUUGAUCUUUGCUCUGAUAAACGGUCCUGAUUGAGAGUUUGAGGGUGCAGGCGGAUCCUCCUCCUCCUCCUCCUCCUCCUCCUCCUGCUGGUCUGGAUUAGAGCCCAUCAGGAUCAUGAAUCAUCCCCCCUCUGCUCCUCUAAUCUGGGCUUUACCGAGCUGGAUUUAAAUCUGAGAUCUGAUCUGGAUUACUCUGCUCCUGGAUCUGAUCGGGUCACAUCUGACCCGGUCUGACCCGUCCCUGGACCUGGUCUUGGAGGGAUCUUGGACUCGGUGCUGGCCCUCUUGGUCCUGGUUUUGGGGAGUUCUGCUGUCACCAUGCCGACGUCCCGGCCUGGUUCGGCGCCGGUGGAGUUCUGGGUGGACGGGUCGAGGCGGGACGGGGCGGUGGAGGAGUUCUACACCCUGAGCUCCGAGCUGGGCAGGUCUGGACCACAUUAAUAGGGGGCACAGGGGUAAAGUGACACACGGGUGGUGAUGAGCUCACAUGGACCCCUCAUUGGACCAAAGGGGCCCACAUGAGGGGUCCAUGUGAUCCUCCUCAGGUCCUGAAUUAUCUAUAAUAAACACACCAAGGGGGCACAGCAGUGGUCAUGUAGAGGGUCUGUGGUGGACCACACCUCCAGGACGUCGUGAUGGGAGGGUCACGUACAUACGGAGGAUGAAAUAACCCUCAGUCCUGUCCUGUUACAUCAUAAAUACAUUAACUGUUAUUAGAUAUCAGACUGUAAAGUUCUCACAGGUUCUACUUCCAUUUUGUAACAAGUCAGAAAAUAGAAAUCUUGAUAAGAACGCCAAAAACACAGCGAGCAGCGCCGAAGCCCAGCUCGCUGCAGUAACUACACUCUCUGCAGCUGGAAGGAUUCUUCAUGUGUUUAAGAGGAGCGACGUCCAUCGUGUAUCGCUGUGAGGAGAAACAGACUCAGAAACCCUACGCUCUCAAAGUCCUCAAGAAAACGAUUGACAAGAAAAUAGUUCGUACAGAGAUCGGCGUCCUGCUGCGUCUGUCGCACCCAAACAUUAUCCAGCUGAAGGAGAUCUUUGAGACGGACACGGACAUCGCUCUGGUGCUGGAGCUGGUGACGGGAGGAGAGCUGUUUGACAGGAUCGUGGAGCGAGGUUACUACAGCGAGCGAGACGCCGCUCACGUCAUCAAACAGAUCCUGGAGGCCGUGGCGUAUCUCCAUGAGAACGGGGUUGUGCAUCGAGACCUCAAACCGGAGAACCUGCUGUACGCCGACCUGUCGCUGGACGCUCCGCUGAAGAUCGCCGACUUCGGUCUGUCCAAAAUCAUCGAUGAUCAGGUGACCAUGAAGACCGUCUGUGGUACGCCAGGGUACUGUGCUCCAGAGAUCCUGCGGGGAAAUGCUUACGGCCCUGAGGUGGACAUGUGGUCGGUGGGCGUCAUCCUCUACAUCCUACUCUGUGGGUUCGAGCCCUUCUUUGACCCGAGGGGGGAUCAGUACAUGUACAGCCGCAUCCUCAACUGCGACUAUGAGUUUGUGUCUCCGUGGUGGGACGACGUCUCCCUCAACGCCAAGGAUCUGGUCAGUAAGCUGAUCGUCCUCGACCCUCACAAGCGCCUCAGUGUCCGGGAGGCCCUGCAGCACCCCUGGGUGCUGGGCAAAGCUGCACGCUUCUCCCACAUGGACACCGCCCAGAGGAAACUACAGGAGUUCAACGCUCGACGCAAACUUAAGGCUGCCAUGAAGGCCGUCGUAGCCACCAGUCGGAUGCACGAGGGCUCACGGCGUCGCACCGACAGCUGUGAGAUUCCAGGCUCAGGUGCUUCCAGGCAGAGCAGCAUGCAGCAGGACCCGCCUCCUGAGUCGACAAGCCCCGUCCCCGCAGACAAAGAGGCCCUGCCCCCAGGUCAGCAGCAGGAGGACCAAUCAAAGCCCGCCGACCGCAGUGCCAUCCGCCCCUCCCCUCCACGCAGCCCCAAACCACCCAGCUCUGACGUCACGCCCACAGGCCCUGCCCCCACCAGACCGCCGCUGCGGGCCGAUGGGCUCCGACAGGCGUCCGUCGUUCCCAAAACAAUGCCGGUCCAACCCCGACUGCCGCAGAAGAGCUGCUCUGUGGUAGAGCCCACCUCCAGGGUCGAGGCUACGCCCGUGGUGGCCACGCCUCCAAGUCCCAACAGCCUCAGCAACGGCUUUACACCAGGGGUGGAGCCUGCAAGUAAGACCGCCCACUGCCAGUGAUCACCUGACCAACAGAGCAGAGACGCUCCACUCUGCUUCGGUUUCUCACAGCCACUAAAAUAUUGAGGUUUAGCCUUCGAUUCUUUACAAACGUCUGACAUCAUUUAUCGGGACCAAACGAAACAAACUAACACGUAACGUCUAACUUCCAUGUCUGUAGCUUUGCUGCUACGCUAACAUGCUAACAGCUGCGUACUCACUGAGGGUUUGUUUUGGGUGUUUCUGCAGCCUGGACGGCGCCUCUGGUUUCCAGUGUGACAGCUGGAGACGAUUCAGGAUCUGAAAAACAAAGAGUGUUUGUCCCACGUCAGGAUUUAACCGUUAUUUAAUCUGCUCUGUUCUCGUUACUGUGGUGAGAAAAAAAACCACAGGCAUGUUCAGAUGAUCCCCUUCACAGAUCUUUAUAUGUACAAAUCAUUUCAACAUUGAUUCGUACGUUUAUCUGAAUCAUGACGACCACAUUCACACCUGCUGUUACAGGAUAAUUAGGGUGUCUUUCAACCGCAGCUUUAUUCUGAUAAUUGUGUCCAUUCUAAAUACCGUAAAACUUUGAUUAGACGCGCCGCACUAUUAUUCGCUUAAAUCCCUGAAGUCAACAGGCCUGUGUUUGGGACAGGCCUUUUAUUCCUUUCACACAAAACUGUUGCUCAGCAAAGAUUAGGAAAUACAGUCAAAUGGUUCAUCUGAACCAGUAAGAAUAUUACUUGUUUAAAAAUUAGGCUUCAAAUAACCAAUCAGUCAUGAAUCAUUCAUUCAUUGAUCGAGCUCCGACAGACAGAGUUACAACACUUGUUUUGCAGCACACCAACACAGCACCACUUUAUCCUGUUAAAACAAUCCUCACAACUUGGAUUCAUCCAUCCAUCCAUUUUCAUCCGCUUAUCCGGGGCCGGGUCUCGGGGGCAGCAGGCCAAGCAAAGCACCCAGACAUCCCUCUCCCCGGCAACACUUUCCAGCUCCUCCUGGAGGACCCCGAGGCGUUCCCAGGCCAGACGAGAUAUGUAAUCCCUCCAGCAUGUUUAAAUUGUUUUAUACCCAUUCAAGUUAGCAGAGCGCUAAACAGGAAGUUAGCCAAUCGGCCGCUGUAACUCACUGGUGUACUAUGGGCCCAAAAGAUCCGAGUAAUGCCAUAUCGCAGAAAUAUAACUUUUUUUGGCUUAAUGCGCCACUAAACAACUUUCAUAGGAAUGCACAAGGCCCCGCCUGCAACGCUGUUUCCAGGUCUCUUUACACAUCCAUGGAUUAUAAAGACGAGACGAGCUUCACAUUGGUCGCAAACUUGCAGUUCAGCCCUGAAAACAGACCAGAGAUCAGUUUGGUUUGUAGUUUACUGCCACUUUUUUCACGUUCUUUGACAGUGAGAUGUUCAGAUGGAAGGGUGGCGCCGUGGUGCAGUGGUUAGCACUGUCGCCUCACAGUAAAAGGGGUCCAGGUUUGAACCGGCCGGCCAGCUGGAGCCCUUCAGUGUGGCGUUUGCAUGUUCUCCCCGUGUCAGCGUGGGUUUCAUGCGUGACCCCCAACAAGAUAGUGCUGGCAGAGCAUGAAUGAAUGAAUGGUCAGGAUGGGGUUAAGCUAGCUUAGCAUAAAGACUGGAGGUGGAGGGAAACAGCUAGCCUGGCCCUGUCACCUACAAACAGCUCUGAAACUCAACGAGUUGUUUCAUCUGCAUGUAAAACAGUUAAAACAGGCGCUGGGCGGAUGGAUACACUGCUGUUCGUCUAGAAAUAGUUCCUAAUUCUGACACUCCACUUCACGAACAUCUCUCUGUCAAACAGAAACACUGAAGAGAAUUUAUUCCUCAAUAUUCUGAUCUGGGACAAACACUGAUUCUUCUUCUUUGGUACAGAAGGUGACUUUUUCCUCGGACGCUCAGGACGGAGCUGAUUGAUUGUAUUUUAUUAAACUUUAUUGAACAGCUGUGCAUGGACACUCUGAUGUGAAGGCAAAGAGAGAAAGAGCAGCUUCUUCCUCUGUCGGGUUUCUCUUCUUCUUCUUUCUCUUCUUCUUCUUUCUCUUCUUCUUCUUUCUCUUCUUCUUCUUCUUCUUUCUCUUCUUCUUCUUCUUCUUUCUCUUCUUUCUCUUCUUUCUCUUCUUCUUCUUCUUUUGCGUCUCUUUCAGUGUCGGAGCAUGUGGCGCCGCCUCAGACGGACUCGGUCUGAAGAGACAAUUUGCUUUGACUUUUUUAACCCUUUCUACUCUUUACUGUUGACUGCAGCUGUUUGAGUAGAUAGACCCACUGUGUAGUUCAGUGACGUGUUGUGUUCGUGAGCUUCUAGUAAAACGCAGUGUUGUUUACACUUUUAUCAGCAGUGAUGGUGAUGAUGAUGAUGAUCUCCUGUUUGCACUGUACAUAGUUUGGUUUUAGGUUAAUACUGACAUCUUUAGCACUCAACCAGAGACACAGUCGAUGAUCAGACCCCCCACAAAAAAACACCAAAUUUGACCUUUGACCUUAAAUUAAACCAUCUGAUCUGAAACCACACGUUCUACCUCUCUCUGUACAGGGGCUUCCAAAAUGAUCCAAAACAAGGUGCAGACGUCUCUGGAAAGAAAUUAAUGAUAAUAAUCUGACGCCACUCUGAAAGACACACAAAUGUACGGUGGCCAGGACGGACCAAACAGGACAGAAGCAAACAUCCUGCUCAGUUCACAGAGGGUGAUGGUCACAGAUUUAUGAAUCAGUGGGAAUCAGUCCUAACUGACUGAAAACUGUCAGAGUGACGUAUUUAUACUGCGGUCACCAGUCACGCCACCAUGACAGCACUUUAUAGUGGACACCAACACCAGUGAAAAAAACAUGAACAAAGCAGUUGGAGCAAGUGACCCAUGUACAACAGCUGUGGGUUCAA